AUGCAGCUAUGGCUUGCAUCGAUUAUUCAGAAAAGUUCCACGAUGACAAUCGUAAAAUUAAUUCGUCCAGUCCAUCCUUUGAAAACAACCUCAAUUUCAGUGAUUGGUGUGAAAAUACUUCUUGCCACUUUCCAAAAUAUAUUACCACCAUACCCCUUAGCACGAAUACUUGUUAAGGUCAUAUUUUAUACACGCGUCACGCGUCUACUUGAACUUUUUCAUAUCACACGUUUACACACGCAUUUUCACGGUAUACAUGGACUGAUCUGUGAUAGGAUAGGACUGUUCAUACGAAAUUCCCAUACAACGAUUACGUAA